AGAAGAAGAAGAAAAAGAAGAAGAAGAAGAAGAAGGAAGUAGGAAGAAGAAGAAGAAGAAGAAGGAAGUAGGAAGAAGAAGAAGAAGAAGAAAUUAUUUUUUUUUAAAACAAAAAAAAACAACAACAACAAGAAAAACAAGACUCGUUGAAGCCCCAAAUGUUCGGAGGCACUUAUGCACUGUAAGAUUGCAUGACAGGAAAGUGCCGGAUGCGCAGAAUCUGUUCAAAAUGGCUUACCAGACAUUUCAACAGGAGUACUUACAGAUUCCGUUUGUAACGAGGGCAUAUACUACUGCAUGUGUCCUUACAACUGCAGCUGUGCAACUGGAGAUCAUCACACCUUUUCAACUAUACUUCAAUCCAGAUUUGAUUUUAAGAAAUUACCAGGUAUGGCGACUAAUAACAAACUUCCUAUUUUUUGGUCCAGUUGGCUUCAAUUUUCUGUUCAAUAUGAUAUUUUUAUACAGAUACUGUCGUAUGCUAGAGGAGGGCUCUUUCAGGGGUCGAACAGGUGACUUUGUCUUCAUGUUCCUCUUUGGUGGAUUUCUGAUGACUGUAUUUGGAACUUUUGUGAGUUUGGUGUUCCUGGGCCAAGCUUUCACAAUCAUGUUGGUGUAUGUAUGGAGUCGAAGAAAUCCAAAUGUCCGUAUGAAUUUCUUUGGCCUUUUGAAUUUCCAGGCACCCUUCCUGCCUUGGGUGCUCAUGGGAUUUUCACUUCUGCUGGGCAAUUCCAUCAUUAUAGAUCUUUUAGGUAUCGCUGUUGGUCAUGUAUACUUCUUCUUGGAAGACGUCUUCCCUAACCAGCCGGGUGGUGGAAGAUGGCUGAAGACUCCAUCAAUCAUAAAGAUGCUGUUUGACACUCCUGAUGAUGAUGCCAAUUACAAUCCAUUGCCCGAGGAUCGACCAGGAGGGUUUGCUUGGGGUGAGGGGCCACCACACUUUGGAGGUUAAUGCUGCUCUUUGAAUACUCUGGUGUUGUCAAGUAUCUCCCAAAAAUGUUCCACCAUUGUGAUGAGGUGUAUUGAUGUGAUUCUUUUUAUUCGUUGGUGGAGAAUGCAAAAAAUGCAGAACUCCUCUGCAGAGAGCCAUUUGUUAUUGUUUAGUUUUUCACAAAUGGAUUCAAAUGACCCUAAGAAACGAUUUGUUAUGUGUGUGUAAACAUGUUUUCUAAUCUCUUAUUUGUGGAAAAUUAAACUCAUUUCAAUUAUUUUGAUUGCAAGGGUUUAAGGGUGGAGUCAAAAAGCUGCACUGUUUUCUAAGUCUGUUUAACAGUAAAUUGACAUCUUCUGGUUGACUGGUUUCUUGUUUUGUUUGAUUCUAUUAUUUUACUCACCGUUUUUCAUUUGCGCAAUACUGUAUAAUUUGUACAGUCAUGUUGACGUAUGUGAUUGUUUUUCUUUUGAAUUAAAUAUUAAUUCCAAGUUGAACAAUGCAAAAUCUGAUUAUAACAUCAGCUUUAAUCUUCAUGUAGCAAAUAGAAUGAAAUGUGAUAGAUUAAAUAGUGAGGAAAAAAAAAUCUCAUUCAAAAAACACUUCCCACCAUUGCUCAAACAGCCAACAUACACGCAGAAAAAAAAUGAAUAUAUAACAGAUUAGCACGGGGCAGGGUUAUUAAUGCAAUCAAUGGAUGAACACCAGAACCUUAAUUGAUAUUUUUUUGCUGAAAAUGAAGUUUAUAACUGAUCUGGCUGCCCAGGCAAACAAGAUAUCAAAACAACAUACGCAAGGGCUGAGAAAGAAAGAAAACAUAAAAAUAAACUUUUCUGAAAUGUGUUUGGUAGAUUGUCUCUCUGUUGUAACAAUUCCUCUUGCCAAUAAAUCCCAUACUUGGA